UCGCGACUUGAAACUGGACAUUGAAUUGACCUUUAAGCAGUUAGGCUGAACCGACAAUGAGUGGUCCACCCUCUCCCACGCUGUCCGAUUCGGCGCUCCUGGACUCGCUGGACGAUGAUCCUCGAUUCGAUAUCGCCGCAGAUAGAGAUAGACGGAUGGAGAAGCUGAAAGAAGAGGUUGAGAAAGUUAAGCAGCUACAAGAAAGUGAUUAUAGAAAAGUUGUCACCUUCACCGAUGAACGCAAAUUGAUAGAGAGGAUGUCGAAAGACAAGUAUUGUAUACUCCAUUUCUUUCAUCCCGACUUUCAGCGCUGUCAGAUCAUGGAUCGACGUCUCGAGGAACUCGCCCCGAAACAUCCAUACACUCUCUUUAUCCGAGCAUCCGUCGCGGACAUUCCGUUCCUCGUCACCAAGUUCAACAUCAAGGUCCUGCCUUGCGUCUUGGUCUUUGCGGACAGUCGCUGUGUAGACCAGCUGGUAGGCUUUGAGGAAUUUGGCAACUCGGAUCACUUCAGUGCGAAAGCCCUCGAGUUUAGGUUGAAGGAGUCUGGAGCAUUGCCAGAGGGCAAACCUACACUGGUCAACACGCUCUCUUCAUCUCUCCUGGACCCACACUCACGGAUCAAAGACGACUCGGACGAUGAGAGUGAUGGCGAUGAGACGGCUGCGAGGAGAUCACGGGGCACUGGGCCAAGACGAGGCAAGACGGGCAUACGGAAUGGUCUUUUGACAGGAAUGGACGAGGACGAGUGACGGAAGCGCAGAGCUCGACCACGGUGGGAUCUGACUUGGAGGGUAUUGAUUUUCUCCUUUAGCAUUCAUCUGUAUCAGUACGUCAUACACAAUUGCAUCGCAUCGCAUCGCAUCGCAUCGCAUCGCAUCGCAUCG